AUGGCUACCGAUACCCGCAAAAAAGAGCAACACAUAUCCAGUUGUAAUAUUCAUUUAAAUGGACGAGUUGCACCUCAUGUUCAAGCUUAUGUUAUAAAGGAGAUGUUUAAGUACCUUGUGUUUCAGAGGAAUCAGAUUCCGAUGGCUUUUGAACAGUUAAAAUUCGAGUAUCAACGACAAGCUACGCCCGCAAACUCAACUAGCGAGACUGGAAAACAAAGACCUCAGAUCCCGAGCAUGGCAUUCAAGCGGCUAGGACAGCUAAUAACAGUAGCCGAGGAACAUCUUUCAAAUAUCGACACUCUCUUCACCUUGACCUUUGUACCCCGAGUUCUGGUUCUUUUUGGUGCCACGGCCGUCAGUCCGAAGGAGGUGCAUGAAAUUGUCUUCACAAACCAGGAAUCUGUCCAUGACUCAACUCUGACAGAUCUAAGGACCAAGCAUUGUAUGCGUACCAUCAUGCAGGCUUUAAUCACUGAGUCUCCCAUCUGGGAGGCAAAGCAGUUAUCCCUCACGAACACAUUGCUCCUGGUGUACGCCCACCGAGACAGUGGUCUAACCUGGUUCAAACCUAAGAUCUCAUUCAAGGUGCCGUCCAGAUGUCAGCUAUACCGCUACGAGAUACACUGUGCGUCUGCGAACCAAGACGACAGCUGUGAAAGUGACUGCACAGUAGAGGGAGGAGAAGUUGAAGAGCAAUCUCUGUUAUCCCUACAUGAGAAUGAGGAUUAUAUUUGGUAUCAGGCACCAAUGCCGAUCAAAGGUUUACAAUCUUUCACCAGUAAGACAACAUCUGAGAGUGAUAUAUGGGCGUAAAACCAAAGAUUUAUACAUUUAUUCAGGAACUAUUUUUUAUUUAUCUCAACCCAUUUUUAGCUUAAAAGCAGACUUAGAUUUACUACUUAUAUUAAUAGAUGUUAUCCUAAGGAAUUAAAGCCAUUGAUCCUUUUAUUUACGUAACCAAUUUGUGGCUCCUAAUCUAGUCAAAACUAUAUAUCUGUAGAAAAAUAUUUUGAAAAGCAACAACAAUUAACAACAACAGUUCUUACAACAACAAAAACAGAUUGACUUACAGGUUCUUGGUGAACUGUUUCAAUUAGGUUUUAGAUGAGCCUUUAAGGCACUGGACACUAUUGGUAAUUACUCAAAAUAAUUCUCAGCAUAAAAACUUACUUGGUAACGA